CCCUAUCCUCUCUCCCUAUCCAAUUUUAAACUCAACUCAAAACCAAAGCAUUCCUUCUCUUUUUUUGUUUUUCGUUUUUUUUUUUUCCCCUUUUUUGGAUCAAGAUUUCCUUCUCUAAACCUCCCUAGUCCCUUGCAUAGCCACGUCAGAUUUUGUCAACAAAAGUGAGAGAAAGACUAUGAAGGGGAAGCCACUGAAGAAAUUGAAGUCCAUUAAGCCAAUUGGGUACUUAAAACCAGACCGAGUUCUUCAAGUUUAUGCAUCAGAUGGAUUCUUGGAGAAUUACUUUCCCACGAAAUCCAAUUCGAAAGUCGAAACUGACACGAUUCGCAAAGAAGAGGAUGCAAACAAGGUCAAUCAGAGCGCUGUUACGUUGCAAGAACCCGAGAUUAUUGAUGUUUCAGAGCUGAUGAGAGAUCUUGAAUCUGAAGAAACGGAAAUGGAUGAUGAAAUCUACGACAAAGAGAACAUCAGGCCCGGAACAGAGGUGAAAAACCCAAGUGUUGAUCCGAUAGAGAUGUCAAGAAAAUUAGAAGCCAUUAAGGAAUUCGAGGAAUUACGUAAUGGGGAUUCCAAGAACAUCCCUUUAUCGGACAUUAAUGUCGAAAAUUUCAGCCGGACUUGAAUUCCUGCAGCCUUUUCGAUCCGAACCUCCCCGCGGCAUUUGGCAGCGACGGAGGUUAAGGCCCAAGAAGCUGAGAGAAGAGCCAGAAUGAGGGAAACUAAUCCCGAAAACAUCAAGGAAGAAGACGAAGAAAAUCAUCCGUUUAAAGCCCAUAAAAUCGAAGAAAACAGAGAUUCUCUGUUAGAUAUUCAAGAAAACAGAGAUCCUCUGUUGGAAUUGGAAGAAAAUAGAGAUCCCCUGUAAGAUUUCGAAGAAAGAUGUCUUCCGGGCGGAACCGAUUCAGUAGUUCUCUACACGACAGGGCUCUGAGGGAUCCAAAAGACAUUCGAAGACUGCAACAGCAUCAAAUUCUUACUCGACAGCUUUCGGGUAAUGUAUUCAGAAAGGGACAUUUCGAUGCACUCUGUUUUCAGGGAAGAGCUAUGGAUGACUCUGGGGGGUAAAAUAGUCCCACCAAGGCUGUUCAUCAAAGGGAGGUACAUUGGUAGGGCUGAAGUAGUAUUGACUUUGCAUGAGCAAGGGAAGCUCACUCUUCGAGGGUGUCCCGGUAGACUGGUCUGAAGGCCUGUGAACAGAUUCCGGUUUGCGGUGUGUUCCAACUGCAAUGGGAGCCAUAAGGUGGUUUCCGGGGAUGCCGCCGCGUCGUCGGAAGAUUGCCCCGAGUGUAAUGAGAAUGGGUUGAUCAUAUACCCCCUUUGUUGCUAAAUUGGUCAUCCUUUUUAACCUAACAGGAUCUAGCAUUUUUGUUUUGUUUUUAGGUACAUAAUACAAUCUACUAUGGAUCGUACAUGGACAGCAGUUACA